AUGAAUCCCCCUAAAGGGCCCCGUUUCUUAAUUGGCCUUGCUGACAAAGAACAUUCUCCUAAACAAAUAUCACCUCCUUUGCAACCUGAAUGUUCCCAUUUUAAUUCAAACGCAGUACCACUGAAACUCGCAUUUCAGAAUGUGGAUACAUUGGGGGAAAAUAUCCAAAUUAUAUUUAAGUAUGGAGAUGACCUUCGACAGGAUAUGCUGACACUGCAGAUGAUACGCAUCAUGAACAAGAUCUGGGUACAGGAAGGCCUUGAUAUGCAGAUGGUAAUCUUCCGCUGUUUCUCCACAGGACGUGGGACAGGGAUGGUAGAAAUAAUUCCAUCUGCUGAAACUUUGAGAAAGAUCCAAGUUGAACAUGGAGUCACUGGUUCAUUUAAGGACCAUCCACUUGCUGACUGGCUACAAAAACACAAUCCAACAGUGGACGAGUAUGAAAAGGCAGUAGUGAAUUUUAUCUACUCAUGUGCCGGAUGCUGUGUAGCAACAUAUGUAUUAGGUAUCUGUGAUCGGCACAAUGACAACAUCAUGCUGAAGACAAGUGGGCAUAUGUUUCAUAUUGACUUUGGCCGCUUUCUUGGACAUGCACAGAUGUUUGGUAACAUAAAGCGUGAUCGUGCUCCCUUUGUCUUCACAUCUGACAUGGCAUAUAUCAUCAAUGGAGGAGACAAACCAUCCAGUCGUUUCCAUGACUUUGUAGAUUUAUGUUGUCAGGCCUAUAAUCUCAUCCGCAAGCACACUCAUCUCUUUCUUAAUUUGUUGGGGCUGAUGUUGUCUUGCGGGAUUCCAGAACUUUCAGAUUUACAGGACUUAAAAUAUGUAUAUGAUGCACUGCGUCCUCAAGAUUCAGAGUCUGAUGCCACUACCUACUUCACACGGCUCAUAGAAUCUAGUCUUGGAUCUGUAGCAACUAAGCUAAACUUUUUUAUUCAUAACCUGGCACAACUGAAGUUCAGCCACACAGAUGAACACCUCGCAUUGUCCUUCUGUCAACAGAUGUAUACAAUGAAGUUAGAUGGAAGAAUAAGUAAUGUUUUUCUGACCAAAUGCAAGAAGAUAUUCACCCCUAACAAAGGAUAUGUAUUUGUCAUUAAAGUGGUAAGAGAAAACUCCAAAGAGUUCACUCUCAUUCAAAGAUCAUUUGAAGAGUUCCAGGAGCUACAUAGCAAACUAAGGAUUCUCUUCCCUUCAGCACAACUGCCUAGUUUUCCUAGCCGCUUUGCAAUUGGCCGAUCUCGUGGGGAGACUGCAGCUGAGCGCAGGAAAGAAGAACUGAACAGAUAUGUGUGCCAUUUAUUUUAUUCAGACUAUGGGGUGGAUGAGUGUGACCUGGUCUAUACUUUUUUUCAUUCCUUUCUUCGUGAUGAGAAAAAUCCUAGCAACACUACAACCACAGAUACCACAUGGUCAGUAGCCAAAGGGGCAGUUGGAGGAGAGGUCAAACUCUCCAUAUCUUACAAGAAUGAAAAUCUUUUGAUUAUGGUGAUGCACAUCCGUGGCUUGCCUCUUCAGAAUAACAAUGAACCUGAUCCAUAUGUAAAGACUUACCUCCUUCCUGACUCACAGAAAACAACCAAGAGGAAAACUAAGGUGGCUCGGAAAACCUGCAACCCAACUUACAAUGAAAUGCUAGUUUAUGAAGGGAUCCCUAAAAAAGACCUCCAUCAACGUGAAAUUAGGCUGUCUGUGCUUAGUGAAGAAGGUUUUCGGGAAAACAUCCUUCUCGGGGAGGUCAGCAUACGACUGCAAGAUUUGGAUCUUAGCAAAGGGAAGCUGUGUUGGUUCAAACUGGGCUCCACCAUGCAAACUGCAGUUUAAAUGCUUUUAUGAAACCACAAUGGAAUAUCAUGUUGCAUAAUAAAGAAUACUUUUUUUCA